ACAAAUAUAAAUUACAAAGAUAAAUAUGUGAUAAAUAUGUACAAAUUAAAUUACAGAUGAGAAGUUAGCAGUGUAAACAAUUACCACCCAUUUAAAAUGUAACUACAACUAAAUACAGUUACUCAUUUAAACAAGUAACGGCGUUACAUGCAUCCCGUUACUCCCCAGCCCUGUAUAUAAUCAACGAGUAAUGCAAGUAAUAAUAAUUUACUCAUAAUGUAUGAGUAAUAAUAACUUCAGACCAACACUGGGCUUGAAAACAGCUACAUUGUGUGAAACAACCUGUAUUUCAACAAACAAAACAGCCCGGGCGUUUAGAGGUUGGACUGGUGGAGAUGAAGGUGGAGGAGCUAAUGUUAGUGAGAGGACGGCUAGGCGAUGUCAGCAUGAGUCUCCUCCUCUCUCUCACAGCUCCACGUCCGCUCAUCCGCGCACAUGGUCCACGUCUCCGCGCUAAGACAGCACCUUCCAGGUUUGAAGCGGAAAGAUGAGAAUCGGCUGAAAGUCCAGGCUUGAGGUGUGUUUGGUCUGAUUCCUGAUUCUUGAGUUUUGGUGAUACCCCUACCUCUCGAGUUGAGCUCAUCAUGGGGGACGCCGACUCUACCGGCUCCAUGCGUCUAAAGCAGGAGAUCUCACUGCUGCACGGCGUCUGUCUCAUCGUGGGGAACAUGAUUGGCUCGGGCAUCUUUGUUUCUCCCAUCGGCGUCCUUGAGAAAACAGGAUCUUACGGUCUGUCUCUGGUGGUUUGGGUCAUUGGAGGAAUCUUCUCUGUUUUUGGCGCCCUGUGCUAUGCCGAGCUGGGCACAACCAUUCGUAAGUCGGGAGCUAGUUAUGCCUACAUCCUGGAGACCUUUGGGGGCUUCCUCGCAUUCAUCCGUCUGUGGACGUCGCUGAUGAUCGUGGAACCGGCCUGCCAGGCAGUCAUUGCUCUUACUUUUGCUAAUUACCUAGUGAAACCGUUCUUCCCCAGCUGCCCGGCACCAUACGAUGCAGUGCGGCUCAUUGCGGCUCUCAUUAUAGGUCUUCUCACGUUUGUGAACUGCAUGAAGGUCAAAUGGGGGGCCAUUCUUCAGGUCAUCUCUACUGUGGCUAAAGUCCUGGCUCUUAUAGUCAUAAUCAUUGCCGGAAUGAUUGUGCUGGCCCAAGGAAAAACAGACAACUUUAGGGAUUCGUUUGAGAACUCCAAACUGGAUCCAGGAAACAUGGCUCUGGCUCUGUACGCUGCUCUGUACUCAUACUCCGGCUGGGACACCCUGAACUUCAUCACAGAGGAGAUCAAAAACCCAGAGAGGAACCUGCCGUUGUCUAUAGCGAUCUCCAUGCCUAUUGUCACAGUAAUCUACAUCCUGACUAAUAUCGCCUAUUAUGCAGUGCUGGACAUGAAUACACUGCUGCAGAGUGAAGCUGUGGCUGUGACGUUUGCUGACCAUGUCCUGGGAUAUGCUAGUUGGCUCAUCCCGCUGUCUGUGGCUAUCUCCUGUUACGGAGGCCUAAACUCAUCUAUCAUUGCUGCCUCCAGGCUUUUCUUCGUGGGUUCGCGCGAGGGCCAUCUACCGAAUGUUCUCUGUAUGAUCCAUGUCAGACGCUACACACCAAUUCCAGCCCUGCUGUUUAAUGGUGGCAUGUCACUCAUAUUUCUCUGCGUGCAAGACGUGUUCCAGCUAAUUAAUUACUUCAGUUUUAAUUACUGGCUGUUCAUCGGACUUUCUAUAGGCAGUCAGAUCUACCUGCGCUUUAAAGCGCCUGACCUGCACCGUCCUGUUAAGUUGAGUCUGUUCUUCCCUAUAGUGUACUGCCUGUGCAGUGUGUUUCUGGUGGUUGUACCUCUCUACAGCGACACUAUAAACUCUCUGGUGGGAAUCAUCGUCGCUCUCUCCGGGGCUCCUGUGUAUUACAUCUGCGUGCACCUCCCGCCCAGCUCCAGACCCGCCUUUCUGGGACACAUGCUUGGUACAGUUUGCCUUCUAGGGGUUUUGUUCCACGAAUGCGCAAUUGUGGUGAUGUGUAAAGAAUUUCAGCCCAAGAUGAAUUCGCUGUUAUGGAAUGGGAGUAUUGUGAGCGUAUAAUGAUCUGCAUAUGGAUGCAAAUUGCUUUACUGCGAACAAUGCCUUCGCUGUUUUCAUCCGUCUGAGACUCCCUGAGAUAAGCUUCCAUGAAUAUGUCACACGUGAGUAUGUAACAGAGGGGAAAAAGAUGACAUUUUUAGUGGAUUUUUGAUCAUACUCCACAUUUCAGCAUUUAUAGUGCAGUUGUAUUGAGUAAUAAAGCUCGGCUAAUGUGUUUAAUACAGACUAUAAGGGAAAAAUGUUACAGAAACUGGGUUUUUUGGUCUUAACCUUGUAAACAACUACCUAGCAGAACACAUUAGCAACUAUACAACAGUAUCAUGGCCACUGCUUAGAACCAUACAUAUAAAUAUGUAGUUGCCUUAUUUGAGACUGGUUCUAUGGGACUGUUUGUACCCCAUUUUUGGAGCGGUCUGUAAACAUUGAGUGCUUUGACCUUGUCUGCAACAGCAAGUUAUACGUGUGUGUUUUAAAUACUCGUUGAUAAUUAUGGUGAAUGAAGUCAAGUUGAUCGUUCCAAGAUACUGUAUUCUGUACUGAUGAAAAAAAACAAAAAACGUACAAUGUACUUAUUGUGUUCAUAUUGCAUUGUAAAACACUUCUGCUGCUAUUGUGGUGGGAUACGGGUAAGGUUAGGAACGGGUCUGGCUAAACCGAAUUGAUUAAAUUGAUAGCUCUAAUCAUUAUGUAUGUAAUGGACAUUUGCUGUGGAAUGUCACUAUGCUUUUAGUUUGAAUUAGAAUCAUCUUUAUAAACACACAGCCUUUUAGAGCAGGCUAAUUAAUCGAUACCAUUUUGAUCUUUGACGUAUGGACCAGUUAAGAUGUAAUAUUCUGAAAGAUACUCAUCCUUUUAUUUAUUUAUUUAUUUUUUUCCAGACACAGUUUCAUUGCAAACACAGAAGCUGUGUUACUGCUGCGUGGCAGAUCCCGGUUUGGACCUGGACAAUCCGCCUGAGGAUCACAAAAAAGAAUAAACACCGGCUCUAAAGCGAGCUAAACCAAAGAAGCCGGAUUACCCAGACUUCUUUGAGAAUAAGCCAAAACUCAAGCCAGAACAGCACGUCUGCACCUUUCCGGUCCUGAGCGUGCAUGGAAUGGAGCAAUGGAUAAAGAUGGAGAUUAGGAUUGAAAUAUUCAGCCGAGUAAACAACUGAACACACACACCCUGUGCCUCUGAUCCCUCAGACCUCUGACUGUGUUUUGAACAUUAGUGGACCAUUCAGUUAAAGACUGUUGUAAACGUGAUGGUAAUUUGUUUUUUUUCAGGCAAGGUUACCUCGUUUUAUUCAUAAAUGCUUAUUUUAUUUGUCCUUCUGUGACCUUCUGCUGUUCAUGACCACAGAUGACCAACUUUUGUUAGGCCUGUUAGCUGAAAUGAGAUCCAUUUUUGCUGGAUAAUGAAUUUUGUUUACGGAGAUGAAGGAUUGUUCCAUAGGUACUGCAGACUUGAAAGCCAUCUUUUUCUCUCUUUUGUAGUUACAACAACAGUUGGGAAACUGACUUUCUCCAAAGUUACUCCGCGAGCCUUAUUUCAGCGUUUUGUAAGCGUCUUUCUUUUAUGUAGUGUGUCCUUUUAAAGUCCAAAGUACAGCAUGUAUUUGGUCAUCAUGAAUAACGUCUUUUUACACUGUCAGUAUGUGUGGAAGUGCGUUUGCCAUGCGUGGACAGUGAUAAAACGGCCGAAUUUGACUUUACGAGAGGGGCGACAAUCACAGGUUUUUCCAAAUAAUUGUUUUAUAUGCUUGUUGACACGCACAGACAUCACUUUAAAAACCGCCGAUCGGAUGUGACCUUUUUUUUCAGGAUUUCUGAUAAGUCCAUCAGAUGAGGAAUUUUAAUAAUAGUGGACCAAAGAAACGUUAAACUAAUACCAACAAUUACGAAGCCUUAAUACGUUCAUUGCAGUAGAGCUUUAAUGUCAUAAAGCUGCUGAAUAACGGUACGUCUUGCCAUUGCUCUUGUAUUCUGUAGUGCAGCACUUGAUUCCAUGCACAGGUCAUCCUUCUGUCCAAUGCGGUGACCCACGUCAUGUCCAAAUAUAAAGCCAUCCAAAAUAUAUUCCACACUGAAAUUAUUAAUUUCGUAUACGUUUUACCAAACUGUUGUGCAGGUGGUUGCGUGAGUCACCAAACAGAAUUGUUUAAAUGUUGAUCAUCUGAUAAAUAUUGCAUUUGUUUUUUUUCUUGUCAUAAGUACUGUAUGGUUGAUAUUAUACGUGCCUUAAAGCAGUUGUGAUUUUAUAUGACCAGAUGAUCAAUAUUCUAUAGUCUUUUGAGAGUUAGUUAUAAAUCUAUGCUCUUCUAUUACAUUCCAUUAUGUUUUAUGUAAGGCUGUGUAACUGUUUGUUGGUUUCUUUUAUUUAUUCCAUAGAUGAUAAAUUGCAGACACUAUGACAAUAAACACAGGACAAAAAGA